AUGUCGUCUCCGAAAAUAGACUUUUUCGCGAAAAUCAAGUACGCGAUUCACAAGAAAGACACACAGAACGUUUUAGUUGACAUCAAUACUGCCAAGAUCAGAACGAUACUGACGCUGGAAGUUACAAGCCUUCAAUUUCAGCUCAAGAAGCCUAUCGCCAAGCACAAAAAGUUAGAGCUUGUCAAACAAACACAAAGAAGAGUAGCACAGCUUGAAGCCAUGGCUGACACCAACGCCAAGGAUAUCGAUUACUCGCUCGAGGGCGAACCUACACACGGCCACCAGCUAAUGAGAGCUGAGAAUCUGACAUCAGAGGGAGUCUCGUAUACACCAGGUAUAUUAAGAACUUCGAGAUCUGAAACAACAAGCCGCACACGUACCGAAACGACUGAGCUGAAAACCUUCGCCGCCGCUAAAAGAGAGAUCGAUGAGAUAAAAGGUUCAAUCGACUCGACUAUGGAUGGUAACAAGGUAACGGAUGAUGGACAUACAAACCAUGUAGGCGUACAGGCAAAGACGCUACAGAACGAGGGCCAGAUAAAAUCCAAUAUGAAGGAGAACACUGUCGUUUUUACAAAGAACUCGAAAGGUGGGAGCAUUGGCGUCAAGCUUGGAUGA